AUGACCAGUUGCCUCCACCGCAAACAAUCGGCACUUUUCCAGCCCCUAGCAAUCGCGAAUGGCAAGCAUAUCCUGCGCCAUCGUAUCAUCCAUGCGCCGUUGACCCGGAACCGCGGAGUCCCGUUGAAUCCCACCAGUACCCCAGAUGAACCGAAUCGGAUAUGGAUCCCUGGAGACCUCGUCGUGCAAUAUUAUGCUCAGCGGGCCACCGAGGGAGGGCUAAUCAUCUCUGAGGGCAUUCCUCCGUCGCUUGAGAGCAAUGGCAUGCCUGGCGUACCGGGACUCUUCACCCCUGAACAAGCAGCGGGCUGGAAAAAUGUCGUCGACGCCGUGCAUGCAAAAGGUGGGUACAUAUAUUGCCAGCUGUGGCACGCCGGCCGCGCCACCAUCCCCCAGAUGACCGGAUCCCCUGCGGUUUGUCCGUCCGCGAGUAUCUGGGACUCGCCAACCGAAUGCUACUCGCAUCCCCCCAACGGCUCUAUACAGCCCGUCCCUUACGCGAAGCAUCCGCCGAUCGAGAUGUCCGUGUCGCACAUCCAACAAACCAUCUGGGACUACUGCAGCGCGGCUAAGACAGCAAUCGACAUCGGGUUCGAUGGCGUGGAGAUUCAUGCGGGCAAUGGGUAUCUCCCGGAGCAGUUCCUGUGCUCCAACGUUAACAGGCGCGACGAUGCCUACGGCGGCACCCCUAAGAAACGCUGCCAGUUUGUGUUUGAACUGAUGGCAGCGGUGGCCCAGGUCGUCAGCGAGAAUAAUCUCGCCAUCCGACUAUCGCCGUUUGGUCUAUUCAACCAGAGUCGUGGCGAGCAGCGGCUAGAGACUUGGACAUAUCUCUGCCAGGGCCUAAAGAAGGCCCACCCUACUUUAUCAUACGUCAGCUUUAUCGAGCCGCGCUACGAACAAGUCUUCAGCUAUGAAGAGAAAGAUGAGUUCCUCCGGAACUGGGGUCUGCAGGGUGUCACCCUCGACCGGUUCCGCCAGAUCUUUGGAGCAACUCCUUUCUUCUCGGCCGGGGGCUGGGAUGACCAGAACUCCUGGGGCGUGGUGGAGUCUGGCAAAUAUGACGGGCUCUUGUACGGACGGCAUUUCAUUAGCAACCCAGACCUAGUACACCGGCUGAAGGAGGGGUUGCCGUUGUCCCCGUAUGACCGGUCUCGGUUUUAUGGGCCCUUCGAGGACAACGCCUUCCGGUACACUGAUUAUUGCACAGCAGAGAAGCUGGGACAAUAG